GAACGUCGAAGACACGCGGGCUUCCCGUCGCCACCGCGCAGGUAUGGCGACCACGUGGCACAGCGAUCGAAAAGUAGGACUACUAAAAACGUAAAUCCUACGAAACACCCGCCUCCACCUACGAUCGCCCCUCUGCCACGACGGCUUGGUAGCGGCUACGCUGGCCUGUGUGGCUCGCGUCGACAUCGACUCCUGCGCCUUUUCUGAAAAGUUGAUCUGUCCUAUUCGCGCCGGGUGCAACAUGACCUCCAUUGCGGCCAAGACAUUUGUCGUCAGCACCCGCAGCGUCUCCGGCCGUGCAGCAAGACGAAUCACGAUAAACGCAGAGGUGGUGAAGGCGACUAAGCUCUGCGCUGGUGAUGCCAUCGCCAUUUCCUCAGUGGAUUCUGGAGUCACAGCCUUCGCUGUGGGAGUCGUGUGGCCCUCCAUAGACAUAUCACACGACGCUAUUCUCAUUUCAAAGUCCCUGCUCCUGACCGCCCAUCUGUCCCCCGGAGCGAAAACACAACUACAUCCGCUGACCGGAGGCAGACCCCCACCGCAUGUCCCCCCGCUGAAAAAUGCCCAAGCCGCGCGCACGAUCCGCAUGCGAGAGGUCCUUCCCGAAAUAUCGACAUCGUCCGCCAAUCUGCGAUCCAAUAACGACCCCAAGACGCAGACUCAUGGAGAUAGCCUUGCAAAGAGACGCGACUGGCUGACGCUCCUCGUCAGAGAGGUCUUAGUCGAUCAGAAGCACCUCACACCCACACAGAUAGUGGAAGUAUCGUACGAGGGCCGGAGCCGGCGGUUUGCCGUCUCCGCCGUGAACGAAGCGGAAGGCCAUGCAGACGACCUGUCAGAGAACCUGGCAGCGCUGUCUAUCGCGAAAGAAGAAAAACCACACUUAUGGACGGUGGACUGGGACGUCAUAGUCCGCCUAGACCGCGACGGUGAAAAAUCUGAUAGAGAUGGUACAGCAGAAGCGGCACUUGGCAAAGGUAUCGAACGCGACGUCGACCCAAAUGCCUAUGCCGCCGUCGGUGGGCUCGACAAACAAAUUGCGCAAAUCCGCGACCUCAUCGAAAUCCCGCUCACCCGGCCAGAGCUCUUCCGGCAUUUCGGGCUUAAACCACCCAGAGGCAUUCUCCUCCACGGCCCACCCGGCACAGGCAAGACACACCUCGCACGCGCUAUCGCCGCCUCCACGCGCGCCUCGCUCCUCACCGUCAACGGCCCCGAGCUCUCCUCCGCCUAUCACGGCGAGACCGAGGCGAAACUUCGCGACGUCUUCGCAGAGGCGCGGUCGCGUGCACCGUGCAUCGUCGUGCUCGACGAAGUAGACGCGCUCUGUCCGCGGCGUGAAGAUGGGCCUGGCGGGGAGGUCGAGAAGCGCGUCGUGGCGCAGCUCCUGACGAUCAUGGACGGGAUGGAGGCGGGUAAGGAGGGGAAGGAGGAGAGGGUCGUCGUUGUCGCUACGACCAACCGACCGAACGCGAUCGACCCUGCGUUGCGCAGACCGGGGCGGUUCGACCGCGAGAUUGAAAUCGGGAUCCCCGACGCGGAAGCGCGCUUCCACAUCCUCUUCGUCCUCCUCUCAAAGACACCCCACUCGAUCUCACCCGACGACCUCCGAGCGGUAGCCGCCAAGGCUCACGGGUAUGUCGGCGCGGACCUCAGCGCCGUCGUACGGGAAGCAGGGACGCUCGCCAUCAAGCAUUGGCUCGUUUCCUCCUCUACUGCCUCCUCAGACCCCUCCUCUUCCGCCCCGCAACUCACCCUCACGGACCUGCUCACCGCCCUCCCAACCAUCCGCCCCUCCGCGCUCCGCUCGCUGCUGCUCGACCUCACCCCCGUCCGGUACGCUUCCAUCGGCGGGCAGGCGCACACGAUCGAGAAGCUGCGCGAGUGCGUUGAGUGGCCGCUGCUGCACCCGGAGGCGUUCGCGCGGCUGGGCCUGCUGAACAAGUACGUCGGCGAGUCCGAGCGCGCCGUCCGCGAGGUCUUCAGCAAAGCCCGCGCGGCCGCGCCCUCGCUCAUUUUCUUCGACGAGAUCGACGCCCUCGCGACCUCCCGCACCUCCGACACCUCCGGCGGCGCACACGAAGGCGUGCUCACCUCGCUCCUCAACGAAAUGGACGGUGUGCAAGAGCUCGUCGGGGUCACCAUUGUCGCGGCGACGAACCGGCCCGAGGCGAUCGACUCCGCGCUGAUGCGCCCCGGGCGGCUCGACCGCAUUCUCUACGUCGGCCCGCCCGAUGCGAGCGGGCGCGAGGAGAUCCUCCGUAUACGCACGGCGAGGAUGAGCGUCGAGCCGGAGAUGGACUACGCGUUGCUUGCGCAACUGACUGAAGGAUGCUCUGGCGCGGAGUUGGCUGCGCUAUGCCAGGAGGCUGCGCUUCACACAAUGAAGAGGGAUAUGAACGCGCCCUUCGUCCCACACGAUGUGUUCGUCGAGGCGGCCAAGACGAUGAAGAGACAAAUCACACCAGACGUUGUCGCUAAAUACGAACGAUGGCGAGAUCAAAGUGGUGUGGGCGAAGCCUAGAGCACUCGGGUACCCGUACUUUGCUAGAGACGGACAUUCCCACUGAUCGCAGGUAUUGCCAACUGGCAUUGAAGCGUAAAGGUGUGAUAUCAUUACUCUGUAUUUGUCGUGAUUACUGUGGCGUGCGGGAAGCAAUGCAAAAUAUGUGCGUUCUGUUGAUACAAAC